ACGGCGGGCGCGAGGCGAAGGGGCCUUGCUCCCCGGGCCUGGCCAUCCCUGGGUCGCGCGGCCCCUUGUCCGGGCGGUGUUUCCGAGCGUCCUGGGAGCCCGCGGAGGCCAGCUCAAGCCCUUACUUUCCAGGGAAAAGGGCAGUUACUCCUCCCCGCCGUGACUUCGCAAAUGCUGUCGUUUAGCCGGGCUAUGAAAAUGGGCUGAUGCCUAGCCUAACUGUUCGAAUCUCUAAAGUUAACUGUCGUGUUAGGGUCAGAUGGUCUUGAUGUGUCCCGCAGUUUCAAGGGCUUACCCUCCGGUCGAUACUCACCCAUCCUCGAAUCAGGUCCUGUGUGAGCUAUAUCACAAAAUUGAAUACGUAAUUAUUUGUUGCCAUAUUUCACUCUAAAAAAUGUUUAUUCCCCUAUAUGCUAAGCUUGAGAACGGAGAUUGACCUUUUUGCUGCUUUUGUGUCUCUCCGAUAACGGACGUGUUUUUGAGCACACAGUAAGCAUUUAACAAACACUUCGUUAAUUCCUCUGUAGAUCCGUUUACUCAAAAGCAAAGACCUUUGUAUUCUUAUGCCUGGCUCACGACAGAGCCCAUGGAACAAAGAGAUUACUCAAAGAAACUGAAAUACUGUACCCAGUUGUAGUGUGCUUUUUGCUCUGCUGUUUAGGCCAGAAUGGCUGUGGAAUCCAGAACAGUUUCAACCUUGGUACCUCAGAGUCCUCAGGAUCAAGAACUAAUACUAGUGAAAGUAGAAGAAAGCCUUUCCUGGGGUCAGAAAUGUAAGCAGGGUGGGAGCACGAGAUCCUGCCAAGAAUUGUUCCGCCAACAAUUCAGAAAGUUUUGCUACCAGGAGACACCUGGACCCCGGGAAGCUCUGGGCCGACUCCAGGAGCUUUGCUAUCAGUGGCUCAUGCCAGAGUUGCACACCAAGGAGCAGAUCCUGGAGCUGCUGGUGCUGGAGCAGUUUCUGAGCAUCCUGCCUGAGGAGCUGCAGAUCUGGGUUCAGCAACAUAGUCCGAAAAGCGGCGAGGAAGCUGUGACCCUGUUGGAGGAUUUGGAGAGGGAAUUUGAUGAUGCAGGGCAGCAGCAGGGACCAGCAGUGCCAUGGAAGGAUUUGACAGGUCUUGGAACAUCCCAGGAGUUAACAAACAUCCAACUCCAGCCUUUAAAGACACAGCUGAAACCCUGGGAACCUUGCCUUUCCCCCAAAAGUGAUCGUGAGAACCACGAAUCAGUGACCAAGAAGGACAUUUCAGGAGAAAAAUCACAAGGACGUCCCCAGGAGCCUUCAUCUGGAGGAGUUAGUGAACAUGACAGCAAUUUAAAGUGGCAACAAGAAAGUCCUACAGGGGAGAAAUUAAGAAGAUUCCCUACCCAAGGGGGCAGUUUUAGUCAAGUAAUCUUCACACACAAAUCUCUGGGAAAAAGAGACCAUCCUGAGCCUCAAAGCAGCUUGAUUCUAAGUACAAACUCUAUAACUUACCAGAAAGUUCCUACAGAAGAGAGACCUUAUAGAUGUGAUGUAUGUGGGCACAGCUUCAAACAGCAUUCCUCUCUAACACAACAUCAGAGAAUCCAUACUGGAGAAAAGCCUUAUAAGUGUAACCAGUGUGGGAAGGCUUUUAGUCUGAGGUCAUACCUUAUCAUUCAUCAGAGAAUUCACAGUGGUGAGAAAGCAUAUGAAUGUAGUGAAUGUGGGAAAGCCUUCAAUCAGAGCUCAGCCCUCAUUAGACAUCGUAAAAUUCAUACUGGGGAGAAAGCUUGUAAAUGUAACGAAUGUGGCAAAGCAUUCAGUCAAAGUUCCUAUCUCAUUAUACAUCAAAGAAUUCACACUGGCGAGAAACCCUAUGAGUGUAACGAGUGUGGGAAAACCUUUAGCCAAAGCUCAAAGCUUAUUAGACACCAGCGAAUUCAUACGGGAGAGAGACCUUAUGAAUGUAAUGAAUGUGGAAAAGCUUUCAGACAGAGUUCAGAGUUGAUAACCCAUCAGAGAAUACAUAGUGGAGAGAAACCCUAUGAAUGUAAUGAGUGUGGAAAAGCUUUCAGUUUGAGCUCAAACCUCAUCAGACAUCAGAGAAUUCAUAGCGGAGAGGAACCCUAUCAGUGUAAUGAAUGUGGCAAAACCUUCAAAAGGAGCUCUGCCCUUGUUCAGCAUCAGAGAAUCCAUUCUGGGGAUGAAGCUUACAUAUGUAAUGAAUGUGGGAAGGCUUUCAGGCACAGAUCAGUCCUCCUGCGCCAUCAGAGGGUGCACACUGUCAAGUACCGUGACGUCAAGGCCACGCAUAACGGCUUCCCCGUUGACUUAAAAUUGAUAAAACAAGCAAACACAUCACCUACUUCUUACCUGUUGCCUUGGCUCAUCAAGCUCCUUCUCCAGCUCCUCCAGCAGAGUGACGGCCUCCUCUCCAUUCUCAGGCCGGUGCUCUCGCAGCCAGGCCUGCAGCUCGUCAGGCAGGAUGGCCAGGAACUGCUCCAGCACCAGCAGCUCCAGGAUCUGCUCCUUGGUGUUCACCUCCGGCCUCAGCCACUGAUGGCAAAGCUCCCGGAGCUGGCUCAGGGCCUCCCGGGGCCCAGCAGAAUCAGAGUAGCCAAACUGCCUGAAACGCUGGCGGAAGGUCUCCAGGCUACAGGCUCUGCCUGCGGCAGCAACGGCCCACGCAAAGCGGCGGGGAGGGCUGAGGCCGGACGGGGGCGAAUUGGGAAGCACCCGCGGCCGCGCUGCCAGACCGCCUCACUCACCCUCCGCUCCGCGGGCUGCCGCACCGACCCCAGGGAGCGACAGAACAGCCUCCGGACGCGCGCGCCGGAAGUGCAGGCGGGAGAGAUUGUGAAAGACUGCCCCCAGCCUGCCGCCGACCCCUUGCGCCUGCGCCGGGGCGGGCGCCCCUCGCGCCAUAGAGCUGAGCAAUCCUCCCAGUUUCCUAGAGCGGACGCAGCGAUGGCGGUUUCGCAUCGCGUGGGGCUUGACAGGGACCUGAAGGACACGUCGAGACUGCCUUCCAAGCCCAGUGGUACCCCGUUGCCUCCAGGUUUCAGACUCCUAUGCGGACAAGAAAAGCUUACUGAGGAAAUGGUAAUUCUCCAGUUGCUCCCCGAGGUGCCAGGCGUCCAGCUGCAGCCCAUGGAGAUCCACUUCAAUUAUGAAUCUCAAGAACACCACCUUCUGUCAGGUGGUGAGACUAAGACCAAGUUUGGAGAGGUGACUUCAGAGGAGGAAAUUACAACAAAAAUUGAACCAUUGCCUGGAGAGUCUGGCAACCCCAGAGAUGAUGUUCUCCGGGAUUCUGAAUGCAGAGGAUUUUGUGAAUUUGGGGAUAAAUUAAAUGAGAAGGAUCAAAAUUUCUUUAAAAGAAGACAGCAUAACUGUGAUGGAUGUGGGCAAAGCUUUGCUUGGAGUACAGGCCUUAUUAGGCAUCGAAGAACCCAUUGGGAGAAACCCUAUGAAUGUGAUAAGUGUGGAAAGACUUUUAGUGUGAGCUCAGCUCUGGUUCUGCAUCAGAGAAUUCAUACUGGAGAGAAACCCUAUCCUUGUACUUGGUGCAUUAAAAGUUUCAGUCGGAGCUCAGACCUUAUUAAACAUCAAAGAGUCCACACUGGUGAAAAACCUUAUAAAUGUGAUGAAUGUGGGAAAGCCUUCAGUCAGAGUUCUGAUCUCAUCAUCCAUCAGAGAAUCCAUACAGGAGAAAAACCCUAUCAGUGCAGUCACUGUAGUAAAAGUUUUAGCCAGCGCUCAGAUCUGGUUAAGCAUCAGAGAAUCCAUACUGGAGAGAAGCCUUAUACAUGUAACCAGUGUAACAAACAUUUUAGUCAGAGCUCUGAUGUUAUAAAACAUCAAAGAAUCCACACUGGGGAGAAACCAUAUAAAUGUGAUGUGUGUGGAAAAGCCUUCAGUCAGAGCUCAGAUCUUAUUCUGCAUCAGAGAAUUCACACUGGGGAGAAACCAUAUCCAUGUAAUCAGUGUAACAAAAGUUUCAGUCAGAACUCAGAUCUUAUUAAACAUCGAAGAAUCCACACUGGAGAGAAACCCUAUAAAUGUAAUGAAUGUGGUAAAGCUUUUAAUCAGAGCUCAGUCCUUAUUCUGCAUCAGAGAAUUCACACUGGAGAGAAACCCUAUCCAUGUAAUCAGUGUAGCAAAACCUUCAGUAGACUUUCAGAUCUCAUGAAUCAUCAGAGAAUUCACACUGGAGAGAAACCUUACCCAUGUAGCCAGUGCAGCAAAAUGUUUAGUCGAAGAUCAGACCUUGUUAAACAUCAUAGAAUUCAUACAGGGGAGAAGCCCUAUGAAUGUGAUGAGUGUGGGAAAACCUUUAGUCAGAGCUCGAAUCUUAUUCUCCAUCAGAGAAUCCACACUGGAGAGAAACCCUAUCCAUGCAGUGAUUGUACUAAAAGUUUUAGUCGUCAUUCAGACCUCGUUAAACAUCAAAGAAUACACACUGGAGAGAAACCGUAUGCUUGUAACCAGUGCAAUAAAAGUUUCAGUCAAAGCUCAGACCUCACUAAACAUCAGAGAGUGCACUCUGGGGAAAAGCCCUAUCAUUGUGAUCAUUGUGAGAAAGCCUUCAGCCAGAGUUCUGACCUUAUUCUUCAUCAGAGAAUUCACACUGGAGAAAAACCAUACCCAUGCACACAGUGCAGCAAAAGUUUCAGCCAGAACUCAGACCUGAUCAAACACCAGAGAAUCCACACUGGGGAAAAACCCUAUCAGUGUCCUGAGUGUGGAAAGGCUUUUAGUCAGUGCUCAGCUCUUAUCCUACAUCAGAGGAUCCACACUGGAGAAAAACCAUAUUCAUGCGAUCAGUGUGGCAAAAGCUUUAGUCGGCGCUCUGAUCUCAUUAACCAUCAAAGAAUCCACACUGGGGAAAAGCCAUGUAAAUGUGAUGCAUGUGGGAAAGCCUUCGGCACAUGCUCUGAGCUUACUGAACACCAGGGAAUCCACACUGGGGAGAGACCCCACAUGUGUGUCCAGUGCAGCAGAAGUUUUAGCCAGCUCUGAGCUUAUUAAUCAUGAGACAGUCCAUUCUGAGGAAGACAGGCUAAGUGUGAUAAAUGUGGGAAAACCUUUAGAGUAUUCGCAGACUUUAUUUCAUACCAGGGACACUAUACCAGAAAAAAAUCUUAGGAAUGCUAUUGAUUAUGAAAACGGUAUUAAUCAGUGCUCAACUCUUGUGCUACAUUAAAAGGAAACACACUGGACAGAAAACACUUAAGUUCUACAAUGAAAGUUUAACUGAGAAUUCAGACAUUACUAAACUUAAGAAAGAUUCUAAGGUCCAUGAGUAAUUGAGAAAACCUUCAAUAUGAAUAAAUAUUACUGAAUGUCAGCAACAAUGGAAAGAAAUUUCUGUCUGUUAUAAUCGAAAAACAAAAGCCUCUGGUCUUUUAUUCAAAUAUAAUCUACAAGGGGAGAGUUUUAUCAUUAUAAGAAAUGA